UGUAUUUCAAUUUCAAACGGUUUUCGAUUGUGGCCUGUUCUAUGGCGUUUGACAAAUUUACGAAACUUUUCAAAUAAAAGUGAAUUUCUCCACAAAUAUGUCAAUUUUUACGGAGUUAAUACCUAAAAUUAAUCAAAUAUCACAAGAUUUCAGUAGAACGUUCAAUGAAAGCCUUAAGGAGGCGCUUGAGUGUUUUGAUAAGUUUGAAGCUGAUUUCGAUAAUGUAAAAAAACAAGCGCGAGAGAAGAUCAUAAAAGAGAAAACAGUUCUAACUAAACUCCAAAGCAUUAACGAGGAUGAUGGUGAAGCAAAAACACCAGAUGAGAAAGUGGAACAAAAAGUGUUUGCUAAACCUUCAGAGAGCUCUGAAGAUACAGAGAAGGAAGAUGCUCCUCCAAAACGAGGAUCAAAGAAACGCAGCAAACAUGAAGUUGAUGAUAUGUCAAGUCCGGAAGUUGAUAAACGGCAGAAGAGAAACGCUUCUGUUGUUGCUAAGAACAUAAUUAGUAAACAGACUAAUGAAAAUAUGAAUGUACUUAAGGAGAAUACAAAGACAGUUGAAAAACUGGUCAACGUAAAUCUAACUCAAAAACUUCGUAGAGAAGACUCUGAUGAUAAAACUCAGUCAAAAUCUAGAAAGAACAAAGAUGAAAAUAAAGAAAAUACUGAACCAAUACCUGUUGUACAAAUUAAACAAGAAAAGUUGUCCAUACUGCCCGAACCAAUGGAAGAUGCGAUCCUGCCAGUUGAUAUUGUGGUUAAGCAGGAAGUGAAUAAGGAUGAUAUUGCUAUGCCGCCGCCCGCCGCCCCUGUACCCAAAGCAAGAAAAGCUGUAUUAAAAGAAAAAGAAGCUGUUCCUCAAGAAGAGGAAUCAGGCAGGAGGAGGACGAGGACUAGGAAACAGACAGACACGUUGCCAGCGCCACCUGUAACAUCAUCCAGAGCUACCCGGGCUAGUUCUAGAAAUACACAGAUUGCUGAACCUGAAGAUGUACCGACUACAAAAGAUGCUAGACCCAAACGGACUAGGGGCAGAAAGAAAGUUUCAGAAGUCAGUUCAGAUACUGAAAAAGAAAGUCAUGUAACUCAAGAUAGUGGAUUAGGAUCUCCCAGCGAUAAACCUAGACCUAAACGGACAAGAAAGGGACAAAAGGCAGCUGAGAAAGAAACCAAAAAGGAACAAGAGAAAGUCGCAAAAGAAGAUAUAAAAGAACAAAUUUCUCCAAAAGAAGAACCAGAAAUACUUUCACCGAUAUUAGAAAGUCAUAUUAAAACGAACAUUAAUACUAAAGUGAUACAAUCUAAAUUACAAGAGGAAAUUGAUACAAAGAAAGAAAAUAUAGAACUUAACAAAGAAGAAAUAGAGGCUAAAAUUGAUGGAGAAAAUAAAGAAAUACAUACAAUAAUGAAUAGUACAGUUGUGUUACAUAAUGGAGUUGUUCAGGAACAGGAUACACCUAAAGUAGUGAGGGUAAUGGAUGAAACAGUAGUGAUAGAGAAACGUAAGAAUGACAGCACGGCUCCAGAACAUCCCCCCUUCACUAUGGAUACCACGGUGGUGCUGGACAAACCCACUCUGCCUAUGGAUACAACAGUCAUAUUGGAUAAGACGAGGAAUAUCGCAAUGGAUGCUACCGUUGUACUCGAAAGAUUGCCAAUAGAGCCGAACAUAACAGAAGACAAUUCUCUGUUGACUGAUGACAGUGACACACAGGAGGGUGUCACCACACCAACAAAACCCAUACCAAAUAAUCAACCUCUGUCAGCUGUCAAAGAGAAAGUACAAAAGUUUGAGGAGCUCGCUGCGAGGACAACAAGGACUAAGACAAGGGCUAUGGCUAAAAAGGACGAUGUAACAGAAAAUGUGACACCUCCAGAUAAAAUAUCCAAAGUGAUUCUGUCAGCGGAAAAUCUCAGCAAAAUGAACUGUAUCAUAUUCAAUGGGAAAACAACUCAGGUAACAAGUUCAGCGACAAAACCUAAAUCAAACAUUCCUACAUACAAAUCUACGUCAUCGUCUACUUCCAAACUCAGUGGUUUGACAAAAGCGCGAGAAGCUGCAGAGGAAUUUCAGAGAACUGAGAAAGAAGAUGCAAGAAGGAAGAAGGAGGCAAUUCUAGAAGCGAAGAGAGAAGCACAGAAAAAGAAGCGUGAAGAGAAGAUGGCAGCAGCAGCAGCAGCCCGGGAGCAGGCGGAGCGGGAGAGACGUGCUGCGCUGGAGGCGGCGGCGCGCGGCAGGCAGGAGAAGCAGGCGCACGCUGACCAGGGCAAGAUCGACAAGUUGAAGGAAGUCGAGCGGAAAAAGCAAGAACAAGCUCGUAAGCUGGCGGAGGCAGAGGAGAGACGCAAGGCGGAGGAACAGGCGCGCGCUCUCAAGCUCAUUGAAGAACAGAAGAGAGCUGAAGCAACCAGAAAGAAGCAGAGAGAGGAAGCUGAGGCAAUGAAAAAAGAAGAAGCACAAAUGCUGAAGGAAGUUCUCCAGAGACAGAAAGAAUAUAAUGAGAAACAGAAAUUGAAAUAUAAUAAUCGAAUGACUCCAAUAAAAUCUUACCCAUCCCCCUGUGCUAUGGAGCCAGUGUACAUGGCAGAUGGCUUCCAGUUCCUCAACUCUGAUGAAGAUGAUGAUGACGAUGAUAUAGAUAAGAAGAGACCUCCCCCGCACUGGUCCACCUCUAUGGAGCGUCGCCGGCAGCUGGGUGUGCAGGCGCAGCUGGAGGAGGAGGAGAUGGAGCGGCUGUUCUCUAUGCGGCCCCAGUGUCCCGACCUGCGACAGAUCUUCCCCAACAUCGACCGCGCGCGACUCAAGCGCACCUCCUCCGCGGUCUGGCGCACGCCGCCCUCCGCCAACAGGUACCAAACAUAAAGUGCUAGUUCACUUUGGUCGCUGGCGGCAUGUACAUAUAACCCUCGCGAUACUGACACAGUAUAAUCAUGAAUACAUUAUAUACUUUGAUUAUAAGUUAUUUAAUAUUCAUUUUACUGUUAUAUAUUUUGAUAUUAACAUUUAGGUAUUACUUUAAAUAUCAUUGUUUUCAUGCAGAAGAGAAAUAACUACAAUUCACUGUUGAAAAAAAAAUUAUUAAGAAAUAUAUUAAGGACAGGUAUUAAAAGAUUCAAUGUUAAUGGUGGCUCGUGGUUCAUAGCGCAUGUUUGCAGAGAUGUGCCUCUCAUGCGCAUCCCUUAGUCCAAUUCAAUGGAAAUGAGAAAUAUUUAUUCAUGUUAUCAAACAAUAUCCUUUAUCAUCUAUGGAUUUAUUUUGAAAUAUUUCAAUGUACAUUUAGAUGAUACAAACAUAUCUGUUUUAGUAAGUCUGAUUACUUAUAGAGUUUAACUUGUAUGUUAAUAAUUUGUCAUUUCCAUUGAAUAAGUCCCGCCGAUAUCUAAAAAUGUUUGUGCAAAAUCCCGAGCUACCAUAAUGAUUGAAUAGUACUAUACAAUAUUUGUCUUAAGUGUGUUGCAAACAUUUGGCUCAUGUAAUUUAGGAUAAACUUACAAAUAUCGUAUUAUUUUAAUUAUAAGAUGUUAAAAGCCUAAAUUGAUUUCACAGAACAUGUGAAAUUGUUAUAGAUGAAGUAUUUAAGUUUGUUUUUAAUUUGACUAGAUUUAUAUAUAAUUAUAACUGUCUGUCAGUGGAAGUCAAUCUUACAUCGAAUAUCAGCUUUACCUAGAUUUCAUGGUUAACGGUAUUUGAAACAACUUAGAAAUUAUAAUUAUAAAAAAGGCGAAGGUAAAAAAAGGUUGACUACCUCUGUUAAUGACUAGGAAUGUAAUACGGUGUUGCCAAUCGAAAAAUUUCUCAAAAGAGUGUUUUAAAAUUUUUUUGAAAAAUGUUUGUGUUCGUUUUGUGGAAAAUAUUUUUUUGAUCAAAUUUGUAAUGAUUACGCACGGGGGCAGUGAUGUUUUAGAAUAAUUUUACCGUUAAGACUGCUAUGGAAUAUAAAUAAAUGUUUUAAAUUUUAUAA